AUGAAGUCCUUCGCCCUCACCACCGCUCUCUCCCUCGCCAUGGCCGGCUCCACCCUCGCCGUGCCCAUGAUGCAACAAGGCCACGCCAUCGCGCACAUCAACGCCGAGGCCCUCAAGAACAACCUCGCCAUGGCCAAGGCCAACACCAACAUGAACACCAAGCGCCAAACCACCCCCGCCACCUCGCCCGCCGCCUCCGUCCCCGCCGGCACCGUCCCCUCCGUCGCGCUCACCGACCUCGACCGCGUCGUCUCCAGCGUCGGCGUCAUCGUCAAGAACGCUCAGGACGACUUCCAGAAGAUCGACAUCAAGGACCCCCAGGGCAUUACGGGCAUCCUCUCCCAGCUGCUCGGCAACGUCACGCAGACGGUGCAGCAGGGCACUCGCCGCAUCAAGGCCAACCAAAAGGCCGCCAUCCUGCCCGUUGGCGCUGGCUGGGGCGUCGCUGGCGGUGCGUACCCUCUUGGUGUGCUUGGUGGCCAUCUCGGAGGCCUCGGCGGUCUCGGUGGUCUCCUGGGCGUCACCGACGGUCUUGCUGGUUUGACUGGUGUCACUGGCUUGUUGAGCAGCUUGCUUAACACCGUUACCGGUCUGCUUGGUAACCUCUUGCAGCUCGGUGGUGGUGAUGCCACCAGUGGCAGUGGCUUGGACGCCAACACCCUGGCCAGCUUGGCUAACCUCCAGGCCCUCCUCUCGCUUAGCGGCGGCCUGACUGGUGGUGUGCCCCUUGGUACUCUGCCGCUUGGCGACUUGAGCAACCUCGCUGGUAUCUUGAGCCCGGAGCUCCUCAACCAGUUGCUUAGUGGUACUGCUACUGGCAGCCCGCUGAGCGUCAUCGAGUCGUUGUUGGAGGCUGUCCAGGAGCUGCUUAGCUCUGUCCUCUCCGGUUCUGUUGGUGUGACUGCUGCCAUCACUGGCGAUCUCGGUGCUGAUGCUUCUACUUCCACCUCUGCUUAA